ACAACAGAAAUUCUUAGUUUUUGAUGGCUAACCUUCCGAUCUCUGUAUCAAUCAACUGGAAACCUUUUGUAUUUGGGUUUUUAGUUGUCUUCGGGUUGUUGUACUAUUUCUCUGGUCAUAUUACAAGGAUAUUUCGACCGUCAAACAAGGCACAUCCCCUAAAAAUGAUACGAUCUGACUUCGUCAAAUUUGGUGACGUUGAAGAAGCCAUUUUUUAUCAAACUAUAUCUCCGGAUAAGCCUUUGCUGAAAGUGCUCUUUCUUCAUGGUCAAAAGUUUACAUCUGAGGAUUGGAAAAAGAAAAAUACGCUUGACUUCUUGGCGAAGAAAGGUUACGAAGUGUUGGCAAUUGACCUACCAGGUUUUGGUAAGUCAAAGAUGAAGUCUCCUUCAACGCCUGCAGACAGAGCGAAAUUCUUGAGUGAUUUUAUUACAAAGAUGGGCUAUAAAAAUGCUGUUCUGGUAGUGCCAUCAAUGAGUGGUUCAUUCGCGUUUCCAUUUAUAUUCACCGGCGAAAAUGUUAAACUUUUAAAGGGUUUUGUGCCGAUAGCUCCAGUUGGAACUGAGAGCUUCAAGGAUGAGCAGUUUAAGACACUUUCUUUAGCAACCAUGGCGGUUUUUGGUCAAGAUGAUAAGCUGUCAUUUGUACCUGCUGCAAAGGAAAAGCUAAAGCUGAUUCCUGGUGUUGAAGUGAAGACUAUCGACCAUGCAGGUCACGCUUGCUAUCUAGACCAACCAGCAGAAUUUCACAGCCUCAUGGAAUCAUUUCUGGAAAAGUUACAGAAGUCCUAACAUACAUGUAAACUUUGAAGUGAAAAGUGGUUUAAAUAGUCGUCAAAUUGCCUAGGAAAAGGGAAAAUAUAUUGAAGUCUCAMUUGAUGCAGGCUAUAUAUAUAUAACUUAGUCUAUAGAUGAUUAGAAAAAUUUACAGAACAGAACCAGUAUGAAUAUGUGCAUAUGCCUGAGUGCAUUGAGGUCAGACAACACGGGCAGCUGAGCUUGUAAUGAUAGGAACAUAUUCUUCUUCAAGUUCCCUUUGUCGUCUUGAAAGGUAGCUUUGUCUUUGCAUCAAAGCGCAUGCAGACGACCAUUGAGCUUGCAGCAAAAGGAACCUUCUUUGGUAACUAAAUACAAUACCUGCAUUAUUCUCAGGUAUCUGUUAUUGUUAUCUCGUGGGUCGUCUUGCUUGUAUGUUGUAGUUCCCUUUUACAAUGGUUCAGGGAAGUGCAGUAAAGGAGAAUAUUUUCAAAGUUGUAAAAAAUGUAUCUAAAUCUCUACAAGCUCAACAGUUGACACCCUUUAAGAUGGUGUUGGGAAAUACAAACUGAACUAUGUAGCAGACACAAUCAAUGAAUAUUAGCAAUCUUGCACUCUAAUUGGUUACUUGUUGCUAGGAAAUCAAUCUCAUUCCCAGAGCCUGCAUACUUCUCUUUUGGUUCUUGUCGCAGACCAAAAGUAAUGUGGGCUCUAGGCACGAGAUUGCUAAGAAAUCAGCUGAGGUUCGCASAUUAGAGAAAAAUUAAGUGGUAAUGARAUUUGGAWAUCUUACCAAAGUCAAAAAUCCUACUGUCACUCAAAAAMCAAAGGA